CAAGAUUUACCCUUUUUAAUUAUAUUAUUAUACAUUUUUUAAGUAGGGAAAAAAAAAAAAAAAGAAAUGUCUCAACUGGUUGGUGGAAAAUAGUACACCACAGCAUCACAUCAGCAUAUAGCCCGUAGGUUGGCUGAAGCAAUAAAAACUUACCCCUUUUCCUAGACGUUUCUUCAUUCUUCUUCCUUUUGAACAGAGGAGGAGAACAAGUAUUAUAAGAUUUGGCUCUUACCUCUGACCUUUCCUCCAUCUACCUAGUCGAAAUUUUUUUUUUCCUUUGGGGUUUGGUUCCUUGAAUUCUACUCAGUUUUUGGUCCUUUAGAUUGAGCUGUUUGUAAAUUUUUGAAGAUUUUUGGAUUGGGAAUGGCUUCCCUUCAUGUUUCUUGCCCUUCAACCACUCUUCAUCGCUCAAAUGCACUAAAGAGUUUCAAGUUGGUGAAUGGACUACAUUUUGGAACUAUUUAUCCUGCAAGUGGUUUUCCUUCUGAGGCUCGACUGAGUGGCAGAUCUUGCUUUCAAAUUCGGAGGGAUGGUAGAAUUAAGUCUGUACUGUUAUCUGAUGAAGGAGACCUCCUUUCUCAAACUAACGGUAUCAGUGGCAUAUCUUCUGGAAUUGAGAUACAGCCUGAUUCUAUAUACUUGGGAACUCUUGCAGCAGAUAUGCCCCCUGCAAAUGCUGGAUUCCCAUUAGAAAAUGGUGAAUCUGAUUUGGACAUGCCUACUGAUGGCUUCUCCUCCAUUCCAGCAGCAAUCGAGGACAUCCGCAAAGGAAAGUUUGUAUUGGUGGUUGAUGAUGAAGAUAGAGAAAAUGAAGGAGAUUUAAUAAUGGCAGCCUCAAAGGUUACACCAGAGGCUAUGGCAUUUAUUGUAAAGCAUGGAACUGGCAUUGUUUGUGUGAGUAUGAAGGAAGAGGACCUGGAAAGAUUGAAUAUUCCUUUGAUGGUAAACAGCAAAGAUAAUGAGGAGAAACUCAGCACUGCCUUCACAGUUUCAGUAGAUGCCAAACAUGGUACAACUACAGGGGUCUCAGCUCGUGACCGGGCAACUACUAUACUGGCUCUUGCAUCCAAAGAUUCGAAGCCUGAGGAUUUCAACCGCCCUGGCCAUAUAUUCCCAUUGAAAUAUCGGGAAGGUGGUGUUUUAAAAAGAGCUGGACAUACAGAAGCAUCUGUAGACCUUGCCAUGCUUGCAGGUUUGGAACCUGUUGGAGUUUUAUGUGAGGUUGUUGAUGAUGAUGGGUCAAUGGCAAGACUGCCUAAGCUUCGGCAAUUUGCUAAGGAGGAGAACAUUAAAAUUGUAUCAAUAGCUGAUUUAAUCAGAUACAGGAGGAAAAGAGAUAAAUUGGUGGAGCAUUCGUCUGCCGCAAAAAUACCCACCAUGUGGGGUCCCUUUAUUGCUCAUUGUUAUAGAUCUCUCUUGGAUGGAAUUGAACAUAUUGCAAUGGUCAAGGUAUUAGUCUGUAGCUGGGCAUGUGACCCUUUUUUUUUAAAAAAAUUAACCUUAAUCUUCACUUUCUUUCAAGUAGAACAUUGUAAACUAGCUUCUUUGAUUAAUCCACUUUGUGGUAAUCUGAGAACAAGACUCGAGGGCGUCGAUCUGGUACAUUUGGAAAGAUUGCACAGACAUUGACCUUGAUAAUUUUAACAAACUUUUUUAUCUCUACAGGGUGAUAUUGGUGAUGGAAAGGAUGUUCUUGUACGGGUACAUUCUGAAUGCCUCACGGGGGACAUAUUUGGUUCCGCCAGAUGUGACUGCGGUAACCAGUUGGCACUUGCAAUGGAACAAAUAGAGGAAGUUGGCAGGGGAGUCCUGGUAUACCUUCGUGGUCAUGAGGGAAGAGGAAUUGGUUUAGGUCAUAAGCUUCGUGCUUAUAAUCUACAAGAUGCGGGGCGUGACACUGUGGAAGCAAAUGAAGAACUUGGUUUGCCAAUUGAUUCAAGAGAAUACGGAAUCGGUGCUCAGGUAACCUCCUCGGACAUUUUGGCUGAAUCUCAUGUUAAAAUUUGUCCUUGUUGAUAUUGAUAACCUGAAAAUGUUAUUAGUGAACAUAUAAAAAGAUAAACUGCAAAUCCUAUUUGUCUGUUAUAUUCGGAUUGUUUUUGGGAUGGUUUCUGGUGAAUAUUAUAUUUUUUUCUCAUUGGUGGAUACACUUUCAGUGAUUAUGUUAAAAAAGUUUCAUCAUUUUGUUUGUUUAAGGUGUGAUUUAUUUACUUCUCGCCUGCCACGAAGACACUGGUGAACUGUUAUUAACAUGUGUGAAGGAUUGCUGUCCUUCAUGUUCCUUUUAACCUAUUGUUUUCUACAGAUGCUUCGGGAUCUUGGAGUGCGGACGAUGAAACUAAUGACAAACAACCCUGCCAAGUAUAGUGGUCUCAAGGGAUAUGGGUUGGAAGUGGCCGGACGUGUCCCUCUUCAAACUUUUGUUACAAAAGAGAACAAGAGAUACCUAGAAACCAAACGUGCCAAAAUGGGUCAUAUCUACGACUUUGAUUCCAAUGGAAUUCCAAAGUUAAUCAGCAGCAGUAACGGCAAACCUAUCUCUGUGACCCCAGCUGAAUCCGACUCGUAAGCGAUUCAGUUGUUUCCACCGGGAAACCUAUGCAUCAGAUAGAAUGCGCCGACCAGGGGAAAAAGGUUGGCAGUAUCAUCAUCACGAGUCCCCUUUAGUGCCUAAAUAGUUGAUACAGCUGAGAUAAUAUCCUUUUUAUAGUCAUGACUUGUGACCUGUUUAUCUACUUAAAUCAUUUAAGACUGCAAAGAUUUUUUGCUUCUGAUUCUUUUUCCAAAAAAUGAUAUAAGAGCUAGGAUUGGUGCACCGCCACAAAUGUUAGGAAAUUGGUUUAGUGUAUGGAUCUUGUAUGGUGUAAAUAAGAGAACUUGGCAAAAGAAACUUCCUCUUCCUCACUAGAGAAGUUGUGAUUAAUUAUGAUUUCAAUGUUCUCAGUUUAGCUCUCUGUUGAAUCCAUCAUACCCUGACUAUAACUUUAUUGAAAACAUUCUAAGAAAGAAAAGCAUUGCUUUGUAACAAAACAGAGUAGAAAUGUACAAAAGACGGGAAUUUGUUACUAGUGAUUGACAUUUUUGUCAGAUUUAUCAGCCAACAUUGGCUCCAUACUUUCCAGUUGUCUAUUGAACUCAAUCAUUUCUUUCUGCUUCAAGCUUAUCCAUGCUUCAAUACCUGUUCCAGUUUUGCCAUCAAGCAGAGCAACUCCCUCAAAUGGUUUGCUUGCAUGACUUACCCAACAUGGUUUUCCCAUACCAAAAUCGACAUCAUAUACUGGAAGCCUACACCAACUAGUACAAAUGUAAACAUCCACUUCAUUACCAGAAAGAUGACGUUUCUCGAAUAUUUCCCUGCGGGAAUUGAUCAGCAUUGUCGAAAUGUCAUCUGCAGUAGCUAAUGCAAGUUGUUCAGCCGUUGACUUUAUAGUAUCCUGGAUCAAGAUCAUUAACUCCUUCAACUCCAUCUUUUCGGCCCUUUUCGCCUCUAGUGGAACUAGGACUGAAAUCCAGAAGUUCCCGCAGGAAAUCUCUGGCAUGGCGAGAGCUGUUUUACCCCUCAAGUUCAUUGAAAGGGCGAUAUCUGAAUCUCUGGAUCGCCCGUGCUUCGCAAGGGAGACGCCAAUGAGAGCCUUCCAAAUCGAUGCUAAUACCACCACAACUCUGGUUGGAUGAAAAUCAGCCGUCUCUGCCAUCUUUGUUACUAUUGCUUCAUUAAAUAAGAAUGAUUUCGUAAUGACCUGAUCAGCAGAAUUCGCGGCGCCGGGCGGUGGAAACUUGGGGCCAGACAGAAUCCUUGUUGGAAAAACUGAAACAAAGUCAUUGUAACUCGAAAGCUGAGUGCUAAUCACUUGAUUCAUGUCCUUAAGGUCAGAACUGCAAAGGCUAGCCCAUUCCUUGAUGAAUGUGAUCAUCGAAAAAGCAUCUGCAAUAACGUGCGAGACGCGAAGGCCUAACACAAAUCCACCACAUUCAAACUUGUUAAUCUGAAUGGCUAACAGUGGGCUUGUAGCAGAGUUAGCCGCAGGGGGGAAAUCCCAUGGCAAAAAUCUACUCAAAACAUCUGUAUCUGCAGGCUGUUUUUGAAUGAAGCCUAGAAGUUGAGCAUUCACAUUUGCUUCAAAGUACUCAACUCCUUGGUCAGCACAAUGAAUCAAGAGAUCAUCUUUAACAAACCGGCCUGCUAGUGGGUAAAACUUGGUUAGGACUUGGGACAAUGAUUUCUCAAGUAGUAAAGAUAUUUGGACAUUGUUCUUGCCUCUGUUGCAAGAAUCUUCAACAGGCAAGUAAUAAAAGAGAAUGUGGGAAUACAUUGGAGGAGCCAGCUGAUCAAACAGUGAAAGCUUGAAGUUUUGAAGAUGAUGUGGAGUUGAAUUUGAGGGUUUGAUGAGCUUACUGCUCAGAAUAUGGACUUGGAGGUUCUCCAUUAUUGUUGUUAUCUCAAAUCAAAUCUGUGCGUAGCAGAACUUGAAAGAUAUUUAUUUGUAGGGUGUGGAUGAGCGAUGAUAGCUAUAGCGACAAAAUAGACUGAAUUUGGAUAGUAACUAAUGAAAAGACAUUUACACCACACUCACUAUACAUGUAAUUUACACGGGAAAGAUAGGAGUCAUAAUUACUCUACAUCAG